GCAUUACGUUUCGAAUUUCAAAUUGUAUAAUCACGUUACGGCAGAAAUGAGAGUGGGGAAACGUUAAAUCGGGGCGCGUCACGUGACCAAUAAUCACGCGGCACGCUUAACUACGAAUCAAUAAGAGCGUUUUGAAAGUUAAAUUGAAACGUGAUCGUAUGAUUCUGAAAACUUACGAACUUUGUGAUGGGUCAUUCUAUUGAAUAAAUCAAUAAUUUAAGAUUAACGAAAAGGUCACGCAAUCACGUCUCAGUUCGAAUUUAUCGAAUUCUAUUGGCUGAUACCAAGGCAUGUGACACGAAAAUUUAAAUGUCACGAACGUCGUUAAAACAGUCACGUGAUCGUCCUUUAAAAAAUUUCUUAACGAAUGAGAAAAGAUAAAAAGAAUAAAAAAAAUCGAUCGGACAGAACGGUUGCACAAACGCUUUUCGAGCACGUGGAAUGGUAUAAUUACGAAAAGGUACGUAAGUGGAAUUGCGAGAGACGUUUCCAUUUGUGCACUUCCACUCCAUCCUCUUCAUUAGAACACACUUCAUCCUCCUUCACUCCAACUCAGCCACAUAAAUUUUGGAAGAGGCAAAGAAGAUAGUAGGGAAAACACGCCAUAAUGACCCAUUAAUCAGCAGCGUUUUAGAACUCAACACAUCAUCUAACCCCGACAUGGACAUUGUGACUACUAAUAAUGGAACAUUCCACGACUCUGCACAUCCCUCUUCUUCAGGAUCAUCAUCUCCAACAUUCCUCGGUAGGAACAGUAACUUUUCUUUGGCUCUACAAGUUACAACUUCCGUAACGAACGGUGACGCAACAAGCGGUGAUCUGUGGUCUCCAAGUAGCAGCGAAGAUAACAAUUCUCCUACAGAACUGAACACGUGGAAGCAGAUGAAAGAAAAACCACCCCUGCUGAAAACAGUAGACGUUGGAGAAAAAUCUGAUGGAAAAGUAAUGAGUCAUAAUCGUCCUCUGUCGGGGGGUUACGUUAACGAAGCUUCAAAUUGGGAAGGAAAAAACAGUCAAGAGAUUAAUCCACUCUCUCCUAAGAAAAAUAGCUUCCAACUGUGUAGAACGAGCCAGUUACCGACGGCACCAGCCACUGAUGAAGAAAGUCUAUUGGAACUCUCUAGUGAUUUCAGCAGUAAGAGGUCAUCUCAGUCUUCUUGUGACCACAGUGCACCCUCUCUUUCCGAUUCUGUGGUAUCGGGGGACGAUAAAUCAGAAUCAGUAGGAUGUAGAGGAAAACGAAUAAGUCAUAGCAGUAGUAACAGCAGCACACCACCCCCACCUCCACCGGAAAGAUACGAUUCUCUUCACGCUCAGAUGUCUGAAGAGAAAGAACUUAAGGGUGCACCUUGGUUCCAAGCAGGAAUACCGAGGGAAAUAGCGUUGGAAGUGUUGGCUCAAGAGCCUGUAGGAUCUUUUAUGGUGAGAGAAAGCACGAGUAAACCAGGAUGCUAUGCUUUGUCUCUGCGAGUGCCUAGAGAUUUCCACCCAUCCGGAAUUGCCCAUUAUCUUAUCAUGAGAACAAAUCGAGGUUACAAGAUCAAGGGUUUCACCAAAGAAUUCAGCACAUUGACUGCACUCAUUACUCACCAUUCCGUCAUGCCAGAGUUAUUGCCAUGUCCUCUUUGUUUAUCUCGAUAUAAUCCAACAUUCCGUAAAUUGGACUCAUCUCAGGACAUGGUGGACAUCGACGAAGAUCCAGAUUACAAUUUACUUGCCGAUUUUCGUAAAAUGAUGGCGGAUUUAGAUGCAUGAUACCUGCACUAUCCGUAAUAACAAUUAUAGGUUUUUGUACAGGAAGCUAUUUUAAUGGCAUAAAUAUAAAUAUAUAAAUAUAAAUAUAUAUAUAUAUAUAAAAGUGCUUUCUUGGUUUUUGGAAAAAACAAAAAAAUAAAUAAAUACAAAUCCAGAAUAUAUUU